AUGUUUUUGAGGGGCUCGAUAGCACGUUUGCGGCCUGAACUGGCCAAGGUGCGUUUUCAGCAGCCUCCAAGGAUUGCUCCUCUUCUAGUACGUUCAUUUUCGUCUGGACAGCAAACCCGUUUUAAGCAAACGUUUUUCAACCCGAACGAAGAACCAGACAAGAAUAAGGACAACAAGAAGAGGAAGAAGAAGGGACCUGAUCUUGGCAAUCAGCCACAGGACUUCUUCAAAAACACAAAAUGGACCAACUGGAUUUUUCCUGGUCUCGUUAUCACUCUGCUGUUGAAUAGCUACUCCGGUGCAGAGAACAAUCAAAUGACUUUCCAGGACUUCAAAGUCAACUUUCUUGAGAAAGGACUGGUGAAACGUAUUACGGUGAUAAACAGCUCAUUUGUGGAGGCCGAGCUAGUCACCCAACACCCUAGGAUAGUUGGAUUCACCAUAGGUUCGGUUGAGUUCUUUGAAAAAGAAUUAGAUGAGAUCCAAGAUAAACUCGGCAUACCAAACAACGAACGUAUUCCAGUGUCUUACAUUCGACGCUCAAGCAUUUUGUCCUACAUUAUGCCGUUCGUGCCGACUCUGAUCCUAAUCGGUGGUACUUACUAUCUUGCUAGGCAGUUACAAAAGCGUGCUCCGAAUGGUAAAGGCGGCGGGCCUUUGAAUAACAUCAUGGGCAUCGGGAAAUCCAAAGCUAAGCUUUUCAACCAGGAAACGGACAUUACCGUUAAGUUCAAAGAUGUCGCAGGAUGUGACGAAGCCAAGGAAGAGAUCAUGGAGUUUGUCACUUUUUUGAAAGAGCCUAAAAAAUACGAGAAGUUGGGUGCCAAAAUUCCAAAAGGUGCUAUACUUUCGGGACCCCCAGGUACAGGUAAAACCUUGUUGGCCAAGGCCACAGCCGGAGAGGCCGGUGUUCCAUUUUUGUCGGUUUCCGGUUCCGAGUUCGUCGAGAUGUACGUUGGUGUUGGUGCUUCCAGAGUUCGCGACUUGUUUUCUACAGCCAGAAAGCUAGCUCCUUGUAUCAUAUUUGUGGACGAGAUCGAUGCCAUUGGUAAAUCAAGAGAGAGUGGGCCAAUGGGUGCGAACGACGAGAAAGAAGCGACUUUGAAUCAACUCCUAGUCGAAAUGGACGGUUUUGAGGAUACUGACCACAUUGUGGUUCUUGCUGGUACUAACAGAGCCGAUAUUCUGGAUAAAGCUUUGACCAGACCAGGCAGAUUUGAUAGACAUAUCAGCAUUGAUAGACCAGAUAUUGAGGGAAGAAAGGCAAUUUACAAAGUUCAUCUGAAACCGCUCAAGCUUGAACAUCCUGUCACGGACGAGUUUGCAGGGAGGUUAGCUGCCUUGACUCCAGGAUUUUCGGGAGCAGAUAUUUCGAAUUGCUGUAACGAGGCUGCAUUAAUUGCAGCAAGAGAGGACGCUGAGGUGGUGAAGCUGGUUCAUUUCGAACGGGCAAUUGAGAGAGUGAUUGCAGGUCUUGAGAGAAAGAGCAGAGUGCUGUCGCCGGAAGAGAAGAAAACAGUUGCGUAUCACGAGGCAGGUCAUGCAAUUUGUGGAUGGUAUCUGCAAUAUGCUGACCCCUUGCUAAAGGUUUCUAUUAUCCCUCGUGGCCAGGGUGCUCUUGGAUACGCGCAGUAUCUUCCCGGUGAUGAGUAUCUCAUUUCACAAGAACAGUUCGAGCACAGAAUGAUUAUGGCGCUUGGCGGACGAGUGUCAGAGGAGCUCAAUUUUGAUGACAUUACCACUGGUGCUGCUGAUGAUUUCAAAAAAAUUACGCAAAUGGCAAAUAUGAUGAUUCUUCGUUUGGGAAUGUCGAAGAAGCUAGGCACGAUCACUUUUGAAACAAACAGUCAACAACCACAAGUGCACAAACUGUUCAGCGAGGAGACAUUCGAGCUCAUCGAUAACGAAGUUAAGAGAGUCAUCAAUGAGGCAUACGAAAAGUGUAGAAAUCUCUUGACUGAAAAAUUAGAUGAAGUCGAGAAAGUGGCCCAAGAGUUGCUCGCCAAAGAAGUGUUAACCAGGGACGAUAUGAUUCGACUAUUGGGGCCACGUCCAUUCGAGGAAAAGAAUGAUGCCUUCAAAAAAUAUCUGUUGCCUCCUAACGAGCAGCAGAAUCAUCCCGAGGAAGGUGCUCAAGCAGCAUGA